UUAUAAAAUUGGGAGUGGGGAGUAUUUGGUGAUUUUGAUUUUCCUGUUUUAAACCUAUCGAAUUUGGUCAUUCUCUUCCCUCUCCGAGCGCCUUGUUUCACUUGUCUUCUUCUCUACCAAAAAUUUGCAUCAAAUUGUCUGAAAAUCUGUAUUCAUGUGUUAUAAUCUCUCUUCAUUUCUCAAAGUUGAGUUCCAUUGGACUCUGUAUUGAGCUUGUUCUUGUGUUUGUUUUCAGUGAUUUGUAUAAUAUGAACCUCCUCCUUCGCAUUCGGUUCUCAAGGAAUUCCAUUAACCAGCUCUGUAAAUCCAACCCAUCAAAUCCACAUUUCCUUUGUCUCAGAAGAUUUUCAAUUCAUUCAUGGUGGUUGAAUGAAUUGAAUCAUGGUAACAUCACCCAUUUUCUCCCUCCAUCUCAAAUCCGAAGCCAUCCAGCUCCCAACCUCUUUUUUACGAAAUUUUGUUUGAAUUUCUACUCAAAUAGGGCACCUUCAAGAUCCUUCAGGAGGAGAGCUAGUAAGAGGUUGAAAUCCAGCAUCAAACCUACACUGGACGAUACCCAAUUUCAAUCGGCAGUUUCUCAAAUCCCUCCAAGGUUUACCUCCGAAGAACUCUGUAAUGUCAUUUCUCUUCAGGGAGAUCCUUUGGUGUGUUUUGAGCUCUUCAAUUGGGCUUCACAGCAGCCUCGUUUCAGACAUGAUGUUUCCACUUAUCUAAUUACAAUUAAGAAGCUGGGUGAGGCGAAAAUGUAUGAAGAAAUGGAUCAUGUUGUGAAUCAGGUGCUUUCGGUUCCUUCUAUUGGUUCUGAGACUCUUUACAAUACUAUGAUCUAUUUUUUCACUGAGGCAAGGAAGUUGACUAGAGCUAUUAAUAUAUUUAAGCAUAUGCAGAACAAUAGAAACUUGAACUGUAGACCUUCAAUUAGAACAUAUAAUCUACUUUUUACCGCAUUCUUGAGUCGAGGUCGUAAUGCUUAUAUAAAUCACAUGUAUAUGGAGACUAUUAGAUGUCUCUUCAGACAGAUGGUGAAUGAUGAUGGGAUUGAACCUGACAUAUUUACUUUGAAUAGUAUGAUAAAGGGGUAUGUGCUUUCCCUGCAUAUUAAUGAUGCUCUUAGGAUCUUUCAUCAAAUGGGUGUUGUGUAUAGCUGCUUACCAAAUUCAUUUUCGUAUGACUAUUUGAUUCACGGGUUAUGCGCUCAAGGGCGAACGGAUAAUGCAAGGGAGUUGUGCAAUGAAAUGAAGGAGAAGGGGUUUGUGCCUAGUGGUAUAUCAUAUAAUUCAAUUGUGAAUGCUAUGGCUCUCAAUGGAGAGGUUGAAGAAGCAGUGAAUUAUUUGUGGGAGAUGAUUGAUAAUAGAAGAUCUCCUGAUUUUAUUACAUAUAGGACGGUAUUGGAUGAACAGUGUAGACAAGGGAGGGUUGGAGAAGCCACGAGUUUGUUGAGGGAAUUGCAAGAGAAGGAUCUUGUGGAUGGUCAUACUUAUAGGAAACUUCUCUAUGUGCUUGAAGAUGAUUAUGGAAAUCUAAAUUGAUGGCUGACCAUGAUUGAGCUGGAAUCAUGGACCAUGUGGUCUUAGAAGGCAGGACUUACAUGCGAAAUUUGAUAUCAGGACCACAAAGCGUCUUUAGUCAGACCAAGCAGAUAGAAAACCAAUCUAUUUCGAUUUCUAUCUUCCCAAUUGUAGUUGUGUAUCAAUUGAAGGUUUAAGACUUACAGGUGCCAUUUACUAAAAAGUUGAAAACCUAUGAUUUAUCCAGAUGCUUUGCUUCAUAUAGUUCUACAUUAAGAAGACUACUGGAGAAGGAGAAUCAUCAUUCAAUUAUGGCUACUCGGCUUAUAGCUGGUGCAUAUCUUUUGUGGUUACAAACUUACACGGCUUAUAAAUGCUACAAAUAUUACUCAAUUAGUGAGGUGUAUUCUUAUGUGAUAGAGACGUCUUUGUGGGAGUUGAAUUGCAAGAUAUCUUCUCCAAAAGAAGCUUGUGAUCCCUUUAUGCCUCUUGUCUCAUCAAGUUCAAGGUACCUUUGCAAGCCGAGUUCAUUUAACAUUGAUUUUUUUGCUUGAGGAACCAAUAAAGAAAGUCAUCCAAGUAUAGGUUGUGUGAAAGAUUACUCUCUGCACACUGACACAUGGAUUAUCCCACAUACCAGUCCAGCAGGAUAGUGCUCGAUUUGUAGCAUUUUCCAUGACAACUUAAUUGGUUCAAUCCUAACGCUAGGUUAAAUUAUAAAUUUGGUCUCGAUAGUUUGGAGAAAGUUAGAAUUUACUCUCUAUGAUUUAUAACUAGAAUUGAAUCUCUAUGGUUUGAUAAAAUUUUCAAAGUCCCUACCAUAGGAAUUAUUUAUGAGGAUUUUAUCAAACGAUAUGAAUCAUCAUGAGUUUUUAUCAAAUCAUAAGGACUAAAUUCUAAUUAUUAAAAUUUUAGGGACUAAAUUAUAAUCUUUUUCAUAUCACAAGGACCAAAUUUACAAUUUAACCUAGUAUUUACUAAUCUUGAUCGUGCUACUGAACAGUUGUGAAGCAUGAUGUAUUUUCAUCUGCCAAUCCCAAAACGGGCAAAGAUGUAAUAAACAUAGGAAAAGUAUAGAAAUAAGAAAGCAUUUAUUAGAACUA